AUGCCUGACACAGCGAACUCCUACUUGUUAAUGUGCGCCAAUCUGAUGGAUGCAGCCGAGGAGCUUGGAAAGGCCUGGCGCAGAGCUGAAGGAAACCCCGAGAUGGCUCUGGUGACCUUGCCCGGCCAAAGGCCCGCUGGGGGCAACAGGAUCAGUGCUGUGGACUUCUUGAACCAAGUGUGGGACGCCUUGCUCUUCAUCUACAAAGGAAUGGCAUCCUUGCAAGGCCAGCAGCGUGAUGCAUUGCGGCCCUUCUCACCCGUCCACACUUUGCUGGUGCCACUGCCAUGCCCACAGGGUGGCCCACCGCAAGUGUCGUCUAUGCUCGAGGUAGCGCGCUUUUAUGAUGGAGCUCUAUUCCGGAGAAUCUCUGUGUGCGAGUCCUUCUGGGAAGUGGCACCUGACCUGGCGGAUUCUCCCGCUGCGGCCUGGGCCAUGAGCGGCGCCUUCCCGGCGGAGCUGAAGCCGCUCUUCGUGGAGUGCUUCGGGGUGCGUGAGGUGGUGGACACCGCAGCCCUCCGGGAGGGCAUCUUGGCCAGGGUCAACCACGGCAAGCGUGCUGGUGGCUCAAGGCCAGGUGGCUUCGGUGGCUUUGGGAGCUUUAGUGGAGAGCACUUGGGCUCCAAAGCCGUUAACGAGCUGGGCCUCCCGGAGGAGCUCUUACGAGCCUUGGGUGGUGAUGGUCGCGGGACCUCCGAAGCCGAUGCUUUGGCUGCCGCCGAAGAGGCUUUGGCUUCCCUGCGUAGACGCUCUGGCUAUGGCUCUGGAUCUGAAGACGAGGAAGCCUUGGUGGCUCCCGCCCUGCCAGCCCGUUCGGUGCGUUGCCCUGCUGCACCGGAGCGGCGCCUGAGACGUGCAGGACAUGCUCGGGGCAGGCGCGGCGACCGGGUCCCUGUGUACAGGGUUCAACGGCUGGAAAUGAGAGGCCUCGAGUUGACGCGAGGAUAUGAUGCCUCACAGAGGGAGCUUGACGAGCUGGCAGCCGUGUUGCAGGGCUUGGUCUCUGUCUUCCGCUUGAGCCCUGACUGCGUGGCCAUUGUAAACAACGAUGUGGCGAUUGUCAUCACGGAGCACGUCGCAACUGGCCUUUGCUUUUUUCCGUGGGCUUGCGGCCUCCUGCUGAGACCAGCUUUUGGUUUGGUGAAUUUUGUCAUGCUUUGGCUCACCGCUCGACUGGACCUGGCCAUGGGGCUCACCAUUCGAGGGCCUCUCGGCUGA